AUGACCGAGAACGACCUCAAGGUCCUCGAUACGGUCGAGUCGCUCGAGUACAUGUCCGGCGAGCUAUCUGACGAAGAGCUCGACAUCCCGGCGCACAUGAUCCCGCCGAACCCGGACGACUCGGACAUCCUCCCCUCGCAAGUCCACCCCUCCUACCCCUACGGCAACCCCACAAGCAUCAAACACCCCGCGGCCCGCCCGCGCCCCACCUACGACCCCACCUCGCGCGCGCUCUUCGAGGACAUGGGCUACGCCGGCGGCGGGAUCAACGGCGCGCUGCGCUGGCGCGACCUCGCGCUCGAGCAGCUGCUCCCCGCGGACGACGCCAAGGAGGAGACGCGCAAGGCCGCGGAGGCGCGCAGGAUGGCGAACGGCACGACGGGCGGGCAGGGGCCCGGGCCGCAGUCGGCUGCUGCUGUUGCUGUCGGUGGUGCUGCUGUUGGUGCUGGCGCUGUUGGUGCGGGGGCGCAGGCGGGUGCUCAGCAGGGCCAGGGGAGGGGGGUGGAUACGACGGAUGCGGGGGAUACGGAGGAAGAGGAGAGUGAUGAGGAAGACGAGGAUGAGGAGGAAGGCUCGGAUGAAGGUGAUGAUUAUGAUGACGAGGACGAUGUUUGA